CGAGACCUUGGGACCAUCGGCCGUUUUCAGCCAAAGGGCAACUGCGCAGUGCGAGCCUUGUCAAAGAAGAGCUAUCAAGAUCACAUUGGGAUACGGAUAUAGCAACCUGCGAAAAGAAGGGCCAGAACAACAGGAAACUCGCUUGGGAAGGGAAAGAGGCGUUUCGACAAAACGUACAAGAACCAACAAUGUCAGCACCAGCAUAACGGCCCUCGUUGCCGCCGCGCCAGCAGCCAGACACCGCAACCGAAACCCGACGACAACAUCACCAAUACAGAAAUGUCGGCAGAUGUGACCUUCGACAUCGUUACGGCCAGUAUUUGCGCCCUCCUCAUCAUUGUCCGCUGCGGCUACCGCAUCCUAUUACAAUGUAAAGUCCACGAUACCUGCCACCGAAUGUGGCACGUCGACGACGCCUACAUGGCCUUUGCGCUCCUCCCGCUCAUCGGCCGCACGACAUGCAUCUCGCUCUCCUUCUACCUCAACCCUACGCACACCUACGAUGCCGCCACCGAAGAGGCGGCCGCGGCGCGGAAUCUCAGCGUUGAGAAAUUGGCAGAGUAUUACGUCAUCUCACACAAACUGCUUAUCCCAGCUCGCAUAUUCUAUGCAUUAUUUUUGUGGUCGUUGAAGCUCUGCCUGCUCAACUUUUACUCUCGCUUCGUGGACAUCUUUGGAUGGGGCAAAGCUGUCACGAAUGCUCUUUGGUGGUUUAUUGUUAUUACGUUUUUUGUUAUCUUGAUACCCACUCUAGCGGAAUGUCGGCCACUUCACUUCAUGUGGUCCCCUGAUCCUACCGGCGCAAACACCUGCCAUCGAGCCCUCGGAAACCUCGUCACAAUGGCCGUCUUCAAUAUUAUUACCGAUAUCGCGCUCAUCAUCUUUCCCUUUCCCAUUUUUCGCCAUGUUAAACUCGACAGCAAAGUUAAGGUGCAGCUCGUACUCUUGUUCAGCAUUGCCGGCGUUGUUGUCGUCAUCACCAUCCUGAGGCUGCCCAUGAUACUGAACCAGGCAGUAUCACAAAGAUCUCGCUCAAUGUGGGCAUCCAUAGAAAUUCUUUGCGCCUGUAUUGUCGCAAAUACAGCAUUCUUUUACGCAUUAUUGAAAGACUACCAGCGAGGUCAUGACAGUCGCGGUGGAGGCUCGAGCUACGUGCAACAGCCCGAUUAUUACAUGCAAGCGAUCCCAUCGCCAGAGUUGCGGAUGGGGUCCUCGGCGCGCUCCGACGGCCUGGAGGUGCCGGACCAUUGGUCAAGGGAGAGCAGAUCAAGUAGAUCUAGUAACAUUCCUAUCAUAGCAUGAAUGACGAGACGAUGGCGUGUCAGUUGAACGUGUCUAUCAUCCACGCGAUGUCUCUAGGUUGCGACAAGAAACC